AUGACCACUGGAUACUACUCCGUCUCCCAAGUUGCGACCCAUAACUCUGAGAAUGACUGCUGGGUCAUUAUUCACGACAAGGUGUACGACGUCUCGUCGUUCUUGAACGACCAUCCUGGUGGAAAGAAAAUCAUCCUCAAGAACGCAGGCACGGAUGCCACGAAGCAGUUCGAUGCCUUCCACAACGCAGGUGUCCUUGAGAAAUACGGCGCGCUCUGCAUCGGAGCCAUUGGUCAGGCACCCAAGCAAGGUGGUGCUGCUCCUGCUGCCGAGCCAGCUGCGGAUGAUGAUGAUGAGAUGCAGUUUGGUGACAUGAUUCCCUUUGGUGAUCCAUCCUGGUACCAGCAAUGGGGAAGCCCGUACUACAACGAGUCCCACCGCCGCCUUCGUCGUGUCAUCCGAGCCUUUGUCGACAGGGAGAUCAUGCCCUUCGUGCACGAGUGGGAUGAAGCCAAGCAAGUGCCCAUGUCGCUCUUCAAGAAAUGCGCCGACAUGGGUAUCCUCCCCGCGAUUGCCGGUAACGGCAAGCUGCCAGUCGACUACUUCGAGGUCGAGCAGACUGUGCUCUUCAAGGGCGGUGCAAGUGCGAUCGUCAACCCUGCAGAAUUUGAUGCUUUCCACUCAUUUAUUAUCGGAGACGAACUUGCGCGCUGCGGGUCUGGUGGUGUCCUCUGGGGUCUCUGUGGUGGAUUGGGUAUUGGUCUUCCUCCAAUUAUCAACCACGGCUCAGAGGAGCUGAAGAGACGCAUUGUGCCCGAGUGCUUGUCCGGUCGGAAGACCAUCUGCUUGGCGAUCACGGAGCCCUCAGCAGGAUCGGAUGUCGCCAACUUGACGACAGUCGCAAACGAGGCCAAUGAUGGAUACAUCGUCAACGGUGAGAAGAAGUGGAUCACCAACGGCACAUUUGCCGAUUUCUUCACAGUCGCUGUGCGUACAGGAGGUGAUGGCAUGGGCGGAGUCUCUCUGCUGGUUGUGGAGCGUGCUAUGAAGGGUGUCAGCACCCGCCAGAUGAAGUGUUCAGGUGUAUGGUCCUCCGGUACAGCAUACAUCAACUUUGAGGACGUCCUUGUCCCCAAGGCCAACCUUAUCGGCAAGGAGAACCGCGGCUUCAAGUAUAUUGUCGAUAACUUUAACCACGAGCGCAUGGGUAUCGUCGUCCAAGCCAACCGUCUGGCCCGUGUCUGCUUGGAGGAGGCUAUCAAGUACGGAAGCAAGCGCAAGACCUUUGGUGUCAAGCUUGUCAACCACCCUGUCCUCCGCAACAAGCUGGCGCACAUGUCUCGUCAGAUCGAGGCCACGCAUGCUUGGACUGAGAACGUCAUCUACCAGACCAUGACCAUGCCCGAGGACUUGCAGAUGAUUAAGCUGGGUGGCCCCAUCGCCCUGCUCAAGGCCCAGGCAACCCAGACGCUCGAAUACUGUGCUCGCGAGGCAUCUCAGAUCUUUGGAGGACUGGCAUACACUCGUGGCGGUCAGGGCGAGAAGGUCGAGCGCAUCUACCGCGAGGUCCGUGCCUACGCUAUCCCUGGAGGUUCUGAGGAGAUCAUGUUGGAUCUUGGAAUGAGACAGAGCAUGAAGGUAAGCAACGAUAUGUUUCUUGAGAUAGAGAUCCUGGUGCAGUAG